GGGAAGUGAGGAAGCGAUCCCCUUGUUAAGUUACAGAUUUUAUGUCAAGGUUUUUCUUUAUUUAUUUAUUUUUAAUUUGCAAAAGUAUUUUAUUUAUUCAUUGUUAGAGAGAGGAGAAGGGAGGGAGAACGAGAGAAACCUCGGUCAGGCGCCCAGCGGAGGCCCUGGCCUGCAGCCCGGGCGUGCCCCGCCACGAGGAAUCCAGCCGCCGACUCUUAGGUUUGCAGGCCGGCGCUCCGUCCCCCUAGCCACACCGGCCAGGGCUUAUUUGUUUACUUUAAAAUUAUAGUUGACAUACAAUACUAGCUUCAGGUGUACAACAUAGCGAUGAGGUGCUCAUAAACCUGACGAAGUGACCACCACAGUAAAUCUGGUAGCUGUUGUGCGGCUGGAGAUCUAAGUCCGCGGCUAUACCCAGUUACUACGGUAUCAUUGACUCUGUUCCCCAAGCUGUACGUCACCGCCCGUGGCUUAUUUUAUAAUGGGCAGUUUGGGCUUCUUAAUCCUUUCUCUCACCUUUUCCACCCAUCUCCCCCUCUUCCCAAGAUUUUUGUGGGGCCCUGUCAGGCUGAGCUCCGUUUUCAUAGCCACGGACACAGGCUCCAGCUCUUACAAGGCGGGGAUCAGCCUGCGGUUUGAGGGUCCAUCAGGGUUCAGUUUUCAAGCCUCUGUCGUUAAUUUCUACCCAUGUUACGGCCCCACUUGCGUAGCUUCAAUGCAUCAUCUAUCUGCUGCUUUCUUUCUCUGAAUUCGCUCCCACUCUAGAGCCAUACUGCCUUGGGUCGAGUCCCAGCCCUGCCUAUUACUAGCUGUGUGACCUUGGGACGACACUGAACCUCUUGGUGCCUCAGUUUUCUUAGCCAUAAAAUGGAGCAGAAAAAGAACCUGCUCGAAGGGUUUCUCUGAGGGUUGAGCCAAGGUGUGUGAGGCCCUGUGGGUCCCUGACCCAGGGCUAGCUCGGUUUAUGAGUUUGCUGUGACUGUCACUGAUGCACCGUCACCCUUAUGUGUCAGGACCACAAAGUGUAGUGCUAGUCACACAGUGUCUAACUGGGCCCUGUGCAUGUUAGGGCCUGGACUCGGGGCCACAAGUCUAAAGUCAUUCUGAUGACCCAUGUCAUCCCUUUGCCUCUUAAGUAUGUCACAUGCUCCCUCUGCUGGACAAUACCUCAGACUUGGGUGGAGUCCCAGACCCACACGCAGUUCUUGCCUUUUCCUUCAAGGUCUGGGUGUUUAUUAAAGUGGGUUGAUGGCCCUUUAAGAGGUGGUAGCUAGCUCCUAGUUGCCAUGGAGACAGCUGGAUACACACCGGGUUAGCAAGCAGCAGGCAGCAGGCAGCAUGGCCUCUAAAGUUCAGUCCAAAGGUAGGAAGAAGGGUGCUGAGGCUGGACAGGGGAGGGCCAUCUUCUCCCUCACAACCUGCCUGGAGGUAGCCUUGGAGGACUCUGCUCUAGGGACCACUGCCCCGCCCCUGUUCUCUCCGAGGUCUACCACCAUCUCCCCCUCUUUCCCCUCCAUAGGCUCCAGAGCCAAGGAGCAGCAGCAGGCCUCAGCCCCAGAGAGUCUGCCACUCCCAAAGGCCAAUGCUGAAGCCAUUCACUUCCUCUCUUCCCUCGGGGAGGAGGAGCUGCAGAAGCUGUUCUUCUCGGAGACCCUGGCCAUGGUCUCGAACACGGGGGAGCCUCAGGGAGAGCUGACCGUCGAGGUGCAGAGAGGGAAGUUCGAAGGCAGCUUCGGCAGACUGUCUCACUGUCCCCUCGUGCACGCCGCCACCCGUGGCUUCCUGGACAAGACGCUCUGCGGGAACUCCCUCCUGGGCUAUCUUUCGUGGAACUUGGAGACCCUGGAACAACACAGUCAGGAGUUCAUCAAGUUCCACGUCCUCCCCGUGGAAAGGAGGAUGAGUUUGCUGAAGCAGGAGGAUCAGCUGGCCAUGACCAGAAGUGUCAAGGAGGGCGAGGAAGUGAAGACCGAAGUGACAUUUUUCCCCUGGCACUCAACGGCGGGUUUCAUCUCUGAGGCUGCCAACCUGCUGCUGCUGAGGGUGAUGGCCUGGAGGCAGAUGGUGCCCAGUAAAGCCCGCUUCCUGGCCCUGGACACGGAGGGCAAGCUCUGCUCUUCCACUUACGAAGCUCUGGGCUCCCAGACCAUCCAGGUGGACGGUCAGUCGGCGGAAGUGUUCAUCGUGGAGCAGGCUGUGCACUCGGAUGAGGGCAUCCCCAUGUCCUGCCAGUACUACAUGAUGUCCGACGGGCACCUGGCCAAGAGAAUCCAGGUGGGCUCCCCCGGCUGCUGUGUGGUCACCAAGAUGCCCAUCUUGAGGGAGGAGGAUGAGACGGAGCCCCCCCUCGUGUUUGAGAAGAAGCCCCUGCCGUGGGAGGAGGACAUGGCGCUCCACUCGAAGUUCCUGGAACGGAAGGAGCAGCUGCGCCUCAGCCACACCAGGUACCUGCAGCAGCACCCGGACGCCGAAGCGCUCGUCUCCGACUUCCUGCUCUUCCUGCUGCUGCGCCAGCCCGACGACGCGGUCACCUUCGCCGCCGAGUUCUUCGGUCCCUUCGCGGCGCGCUACCCGCGCAUCUCCCCCUUGCGCUCCUCCAACCGGCCCAGCCCCUUCCGCUCGCUGGAGCCCUAGCUCCGCGGGGCCGCCAGCGGCCCCUGGGCUGGAAGCCCGGACUCCCGGCCGCGGCGCGCGCGGGCAGCACGCACCCCGGAGACGCGCUUCAGCGGCUGCGGCUUUGAUGGAAAUCCACGGGGCGCUCCCGCCCGUGCGACCCGACCCGGCACCUUUCGCGGCCAGUCUUGGGUCUUGGAACCAUUAACACCGUUUACCGAGCGAAUUUCAGCCUUUCUUCCUAAAUGGUGUUUUCAUCAUUAUCCUCAUUUUACAGAUGAGAGAUUAGAGGCACAGAGGGGUUAAGUAACUCUUGUCAGAGUUAACGCGCGGGAAGCAGCAUUCAGACCUGGAGGUUAAAUUCCUAAAACCCACACUCCUCUUCAUUAGGUUAGCAGGGGUGGAGGGGCGGGGCUUCUCGGCCUCAGAAACCGCCCGCUGCCUGACCGCCGCCCGAAGAAAAGAGCAGAUGACGUGGGCCGUGGGCGGAGGGGCGGGAAGGGCUGCGGACCGCCACUGGCCUUGCUCGUCUCCUCCGACGCCUCCCAAACACCCGAGGCCAGGCCGGCGCUCUCCCUUCUCCCACACACGCGGGAACCCCGAAACCGCGUGCCCGCGGCCCCCAUUCACCUGCUCCCGGAUAAGAAUGCAUGGACAGGUGGUCAUCUUGCUUCAUGUCAGUCUGCCCAGGGGUUUGUUUCCGUCCAGGGCUGGUGCUGCUCAGUAACACGUAUUAGGCAAGCUCCCCCAAGGCGGCGGACACAGGGGGUGCCCUCCACCAGCUCAUUCAUGGAAGGACUUUUGCAGGGGGAGGGACUCUGAGCAGUUUGCUGUCUAGGGAACAGAACAAGCCAGUUAUCUGCAAGGCGGGGGGGGUGGCGGCUCGUUGGUGACCCAGGAAUCAGGGAAGGAAGGCUUCGUGGAGAACUGUCACCUGAGCCUUAAAGAAAUCUUAGUAUUUUAUCGUCCCCUUCCCCUACUGUGGAAGAAACACGUGUUCGUUAGCCGGGGGACUUCAUUUUAACAGAAGGUGAAAUCGUGCAGUCACUGAUGCUCAGCAACUGAUAACUGCAUACUUACUGCAUUCCUGAAAAGUUUCAAAUGUUAGAAAACUCGCAGAUAAAGCUGGAAUCUCCCUAGAUUCCCGCCCCGAUCUCCUCGUGUUUUGUGACUUGUUUCACAUGUCGCAAAGGCUCUGUUUCAUCGAACAACACAUGCACGUUCUGCAACUCUUUCCCUGUCACUGCACGGCCUUCUAUUUCUGGUGGCUCUACCACCA